UUAGAUCACUGCGCCUUGUGUAAAUUAAUUUUAUUAUUUUUAUUUAAAUGUUUUUUAUUUUUACUCGCGACUUUGGAAAUCGUGUCAACACUCGACUUCCAUAAAAUAAUAUCAACGUUGUUAACCAAACAGGGCUUAAACGUACCAACUCUUUUGUUGUCGCUCCUCCCCCACCCCGACCCCCUUGUUCCUGUGUUCCUCCGCUGUGGGCGGAAGUAAGUCGUAUCGCUUGUGCUAGCUAGGGCCUCAUCCUUCCAAUGGCGACUGCAAACAGGCUGAAUAGAAAGCGGGAGCAGCAACCGUGGAGGGGGUCAAGAAGAGAGCUGUGUAACUGAAAUUAAAUAAAUAUAUCCGGUAGCCAUAAAGUUAGCCUAACAUUUUCUUUUCAACCUCUUCCAAAAAUCACAAGGCUGAUUAUUCAAUGGCCAAAAAUCGGAACAUUUCGCUCCUUGAGUCGGAGCUCUAUUACUUGAUCUCUCGUUUCCUAACAACGGGUCCAUGUCGGAGAGCGGCUGAGGUCCUGGCGAGCGAACUAGAGGAAUAUCAGCUUUUACCUGGGAGAUUGGACUGGCUUGGCAACGAGCACCCGAGAACAUAUGAAGACGUGGUUGCAGCCAACAGACAUAUUGCACCAGACCAUUUGCUACAGAUAUGUAAGCAGAUUGGACCAAUUCUUGACAAAGAAGUGCCAUCAUGUGUCCCAGGUGUAUACUCUCUCCUGGGGUCUGGAAAGCAGUCAAUGCUAAGGACCGCAAAAGACUGCGACAGUGUGCGGUUCAAUGCUUCAUCAUAUGCAGCCCUUCACCGGGGCAGACCACCAGAGAGGCCUUUCAACUGCAAGAAACCUCCACACCUAGUGAAGGUCCAUCGAGGGAGAGAGCUGACGGGAGCGCAGCGCUUCAGCUCCAUCAAUCCCGUCAGCAACUAUGAGCACAUGCGGCUGCAUAGGCGGAUCCUCGGGCAUCUGUCUGCAGUGUACUGUAUCGCAUUUGAUCGCACGGGUCUCAGAAUCUUCACAGGCUCAGAUGACUGUUUGGUGAAGAUUUGGUCUUCGUUUGAUGGAAGGCUUCAUUCUACGUUGCGAGGACACUCUGCAGAGAUCACAGACUUGGCGGUUAAUUACGAGAACACACUUAUUGCCGCGGGAAGCUGUGACAAGACCAUCCGUGUGUGGUGCCUUCGUACCUGUGCCCCUGUGGCUGUGCUUCAGGGUCACAGUGGAUCCAUUACCUCCCUACAGUUCUCGCCAUUUGCCAAGGGCUCAAAACGUUACAUGCUGUCCACUGGAACUGAUGCUACUGUCUGCUUCUGGCAGUGGGACGUCAACAACAUCAACUUUAGUGAUCGGCCACACAAAUUUACGGAGCGGCCGAGGCCAGGAGUUCAGACCGUGUGUUCCUCAUUCAGUCCAGGUGGGAUGUUCUUAGCAACAGGAAGUACUGAUGAUGUCAUCAGGAUAUAUUACUUGGGAGGCGGGAGUCCAGAAAAGGUAUCGGAGCUCCAUGAGCACACGGACAAAGUUGAUAGCAUCCAAUUUUGCCACUCAGGUGAAAGGUUUGUGAGUGGAAGUCGAGAUGGAACAGCACGGAUCUGGAAGCUCCACCUGCGGCAGCAGUGGAGGUGCAUCCUGCUCAACAUGUCUGCCACUAUUCCAGGUGUUGAACCAAUGAGUGAAGAGGAAAGCUACUUCAAACCCAAAGUCACCAUGGUAGCGUGGGAUCGCCAUGAUAAUACAGUCAUCACGGCUGUUAACAACCAUCUCCUCAAAGUGUGGAACUCCUACACAGGACAGCUGCUACAUAUCCUUAAAGGCCAUGAGGCUGAGGUGUUUGUCCUGGAGCCGCACCCUUUUGACCCCAGGAUCAUCCUGUCUGCCGGCCAUGACGGGAAUGUCUUCAUAUGGGAUCUGCUGCGAGGGACAAACACACAGCACUACUUCAACAUGAUUGAGGGCCAGGGUCAUGGAGCCGUUUUUGACUGCAAAUUCACCCCUGAUGGCCAUCGUUUCGCCUGCACAGACUCCCAUGGCCAUCUGCUCAUCUUUGGCUUUGGCAGUUCCAAGCCGUAUGAGAAGCUUCCAGACCAGGUGUUCUUCCACACAGACUACCGACCGCUGAUCCGGGACACCAACGGCUUUGUGCUGGAUGAACAGACACAGCAGGCGCCCCAUCUCAUGCCCCCACCCUUCUUGGUGGAUGUGGAUGGAAACCCCCAUCCACCAAGGUACCAGCGUCUUGUCCCAGGCCGAGAGAACAUCGCUGCUGAACACCUGGUUCCUCAGCUGGGAUACGUAGCUACCAGUGAUGGCGAGGUUGUGGAGCAGGUGAUCAGCCAGCAGACUUCAGAGCAUGAUGAGGUUGCGAUAAGACGCAGCAGCCUUUUGGACGAGGCCAUCCGUAAUCUCCAGCAGCAGCAAGACCGGCAGGGCCAGCCUGGGACAGAGGCAGGGCCGGGGGCUGGAGCAGGUCCAGAAGGGAUAGCUGAGGCACAGGGCCCAGCCUUGGCACCAGCACCAAGCACACCCCGCAGAGUGUCUGUGAAUGAUCGAGCAGACGUGCAGUCCCCCCCUAAUGUGGGUCUGCGCCGCAGCGGACAGGUGGAGGGUGUCCGGCAGAUGCACCAGAAUGCUCCUCGCAGCCAGAUGGCCACAGAGAGAGACCUGCAGGCCUGGAGACGCAGGGUGGUGGUGCCCGAGGUGACACCCAGUGGCUACAGGGAGCAGGAGGACAUUCGAGCAGCCAGAGGGGAUGAGGAGGUGGUUCUGUACAAUGCAAAGAAGAGACGCAUUAUCUACAGCAGCUGUCGAGAUGAUUCAGAUGAUGAUCCUCCCACUGCGAAGCGAACACACGGCCGCAGUGACACGCUGGAAUUCAUGGAUUUGUCAUGUGAGGAGGGAGAGGAGACUGCAAGCUCAGAGGACAAUGAAUUGGAUGGCAGUGAAAUGGAUUCCUCCAAUGAUGAGGAAGAGUGGAAUAGUGACAGCUCAAGCCACACGUCUAGCGAGUACUCGGACUGGACGGCAGACGCUGGUAUCAACCUGCAGCCCUCCACCCCCUUGUCGUCACGGAAACGAGUGCAGCGCAGAAUCAGCAGCUCUGAAGAGGAGGAGGAAGAGAAUGAGAAUGAGAAUGAGGAAGAGGAGGAGAAGCAGCAGCAGAGUGAAGAGGAGGAAAAAGCUGGCAAGAAAAGCAAAGAGAAGUCCAGGAAAGCAAAGAACAAGACACCCAGGCGUCCAAAGGUCAGACCAUCCAUCAACAGAGAAGUGUCCAAUGAGUUCAGACCCUCACCAUGGAUCACUGAUGUCAUUCCCAGGAUAGCUCCUUAUGUUCCCCAAAUGGGCGAUGAGGUGAUCUACUUUCGGCAGGGACACGAGGCCUACGUUGAGGCAGUGAACCGGACUGAACUGUACCCCAUCAACUUAGACAAACAGCCCUGGAAGAAAAUGGAGCUACGGGACCAAGAGUUUGUGAAGAUAACUGGGAUCAAAUAUGAAGUCUGCCCUCCAACACUUUGCUGUCUGAAGCUGACUCUUAUUGACAAUGGCACUGGCAAAAUAUCAGACAAGUCAUUUUCUGUCAAGUAUCACGACAUGCCAGAUGUGAUCGAUUUCCUCGUGUUGAGGCAAAGUUAUGACGAGGCGCUCCGCAGAAACUGGCAACCAAACGACCGGUUCCGCUCAGUGAUAGACGAAGCCUGGUGGUUUGGGACCAUCGUCUGUCAGGAGCCCUACCAGCCUGAAUACCCCGACAGCCUCUUCCAGUGCUUCAAAGUCAGAUGGGACAACGGGGAAACAGAGAAACUGAGUCCUUGGGAUGUGGAACCUAUUCCAGAUGAUGCCCAGCAGCCAGAGACGGAAGGAUGUGGUAUCCCCGUGACUGCUGAUGAGAUGAGUGCGCUGAUGUACAAGCCUCUACCUGAGGAAUGGGGGGAGAGGAGCAGGGACAUCGAGUGUGAACGCAUCGCCGCCGGCAUCGAACAGCUCAUCACAGUCGAGAUUACAGCUCCCUUCUCUGGUCCUGUGGACUUAGUCCAGUAUCCCACCUACUGCACUGUGAUUGCCUAUCCCACUGACCUGGGCACCAUCAGACUGCGACUCAUGAACAGAUUCUACAGGCACCUCUCAGCAUUAAUUUGGGACGCCAGGUAUAUUGCACAUAACGCCCGCACUUUCAACGAGCCAAGAAGCAAGAUUGCCCACUCUGCAAAGAUCAUCUCAAAUGUCCUCCAGAAGUUUGUCAAUAAUCCCAACUGCACAGAUAUCAUGGAGAUUUACAAUGCUGUUGAGGAAAUGGAUGAUGAUGAUGAGGAAGAGGAUACAGAAUUACCAGGAACAUCCUCUGGACACAGACUGCGUCAGCGCUCUGUAGAGGUGGUGCCUGACAGAGACGCCUGGAAGGAGCAGUGCAAGUCUCUGCUCACCUACAUAUUUGAGUGUGAGGACUCCGAACCCUUCAGACAGCCUGUGGAUCCUCAGAACUAUCCAGACUACCAUAACAUCAUUGAUACACCAAUGGACCUUGAAACAGUGAAAAGGACCCUGUUCGAAGACCGCUAUGAAAACCCUGUAGAGCUUUGCAAAGACACCCGGCUAAUAUUUGCUAACGCUAAAGCCUACACACCCAAUAAACGCUCCAAGAUUUACAGUAUGACCUUGCGGAUCUCUGCCUUCUUUGAGGAGCAAAUCCGAACAAUCACAUCUGAGUACAAAACUGCCAUCAAGAGCAGCGAUAGGCUCCGUCGCAGUCAGAGGUUCCGCAAGAAAAUGCAGCAGCAGGAUCAGUCCAACGCCACAACCAGUCAAAAGAGACCUGCUCAAAAAACUCAGGAAAAAGUAGAGCCGACGUCAAUGACCAAAUCUACCUCAGCCAAAGUGUCUGUUCCUGAGAGACCCAGGAGGAGUCGAAGAAGGGGCUCAGGUCACAACUCCUCGGACGACGACUCCGGCUCCAAAGCUGCUUCAUCAACACCAGAGUCUGACAGUGAGAGCGAGCUGAGUGAGUCUGAGGAGGAGAAACGUCCUGGUUCCUCAAGGCGCCAUAAACUCAGACAGAAAGCAAGAGUUACAAGAAACAACCGUGCCAAGCGAAGGAAAAAAGUUGCAGAGAGCGAUAGUGAAGAAGAGGAGGAGGAGGACAGUGAAGGUGAAGACGGAGAGGAUGGAGAGAUGUCCUCUCAGUCUUCACGUCGUCGUUACCCCAGCAGGAGUAAGAACAGCAGGAGCACACGGCUGACCAGAAACAGUGCUGGUGCAGACAGGAAGCGCACAGAGGGCCGAGCAGAGAUGAACGGUCACAGCAACAGGUCGUCUCGCAGGGAGAGACGUCCCCACCGGGACUCUAACAGAGCCACAUCUCAGGGCUCUGACAGGAACGAGGAAGUCACGGUUCGCAGGUCACUCAAGAGAAAGACGGCGAGGGCAGCUGUUAAUAAGAUGAAACUUCUCGAAGCGUUAGAUGAGGAAUAUGAGGAGGAAGAGGAAGAGGAGGAGCAGCCGAGAAGGAGCAGCAGCCGCCUUUCCUACACAGUCAGGACCAGCAAACGCACCGCAGUGAUCCAGAGCAGCUCAGAUUCUGAUGAAAAGCCAUCAAGACGGGCCUCUCGUAAAGCAAAGAAAUCAGGUGAUGAAUCCAAGGACGAGGAGGAUGGCAAUGACAGUGAUGCUUCAUCCUCCUCCCAGAAUCAGCAGAAUGGAGACACGAGGUCCAACAAACAGGGGACAUCAAGACAAGCUGUUAAGACUAAGGGAAAUGAUACUUUGACCCACUUGAACGGACACAGUGCAAAACAUCACAAGUCUGACAGCAACUCUGAGCAAGAGGAUGCCGCAGAGGAGAGUUCUGGAGAAGAUGAAAUUUCUUCAUCUCAGAAACCCUCUAGAAGCACAGCAACCAGGAAAAAGAGGAUUACAAGUGAGGAGGAUGAAGAGGAGGAGGAGGAGGACACACCACGCAGGACCACACGACACAAACUUCCUGUCAGCUCAGAUGAAGAGGACAAAGACCACAGAUCUCAGAAACACCCACACCAAAAUGGAAGAAAUGUGGAGGAAGCAAUCCACAAGGACUCCAAGAAAAAGUGUAAAGUUUCACCGUCAAAAAGCCAAGACAAACAAAAAUCUGCCUCAACUAAUAAACUGGAUGGUGCUGAAUCAGAGGAACUCAGUGAUUCCCCAAAGAGAUCCAGCCUACGCAAGAAAAGACUGAAAAAAGAUGAAGAACGCAAAGUAGAAAGCAAUCACUCCAGUGAGGAAUCUGAGGUUGAAACCAAGUCAAAGAGGCCAACAAGAAACAAAUCUAAACGGCCUCUUGGCGACACCUCCGCUUCAGAGAGCUCUGAGCAGGAAUACAAACCCAAGAGGAAGUCGAGGAGGAAACGCUCCACUGGCUCAUCAGACGAAGAGUCGGAUAAUUCAGACAACACAUCAAAAAGACGGCUAAGUCUCCGAGCCCUACCAAAAAAGAAAUACAUCAGUGACAACUCCCUCUCCGAGGAAGACUCUGUGUCUGCGAGCCAGCGUAAACAGGGAAACGGUAACAAAACAGCCACAGCGUCGAGGGAAGACAGGUAUAAUAAGAGAGAGGGUAACAGAACCUCUCCCAAUGAAGCCAGGAAUCAGAUGUCUUCCAGCAGAAAACGCAUUUACACCUCAGACUCUGAAGAUGCAGAGAAGGACGGAGAGAAGGAGUCCAAGAACAAUAAAAACAGCAAGUCAAGCUCCUCAAAGCGCCCCAGAAGGGAAUCCAAACAAGAGGAAAGUAACCACAACGAGGAAGACACCUCUUCCCAGGCUGAUUCCAGCGAAGAGGCGGAGGAGGAAGAUGCCGGUCGUUCAAGGAGCAAGAAGAAGGAAGCGAGGCGGCCAAAACACAAACGAAAGGAGAGCCACAGCAACAGCAAUCACAGUUCUGACGCAGAAAGCAAGCAGCCGUCUUCAGCCUCUGAAAACUCGUUUGCCAGCUCAGGGUCCCGCAGCAGUCCAAAGAGGAAAAGUCACAAACGGGCUGAGGUUGGUGUAAGGACUGCCAGCCGCCAGCUAAGGCAGCGCCGCCAACGCUCCUCCUCAGAGGAGGAGAACAGCGAGGGGUCGGGCAGCAAACUGCAGCGAAAGACGCGCGUGAACACCCGUAACCGGGGGAAGCGGACAGUGAAUUAUCACGACAGCGAGUAAAGGACGUACAACUGUAGAGGAAGGACGGACAUUAACUGGAGACCUGUAAAGACACUUGACGGCCACGUUAUGGUAGUAGCACUGGAGUCCUCGAGAGAAAAUGCUGUGAAUCUGUUUCAUUCAGGGAUAUUUAUAUUUUCUAUGAAAAACAUGUUUAUAGAUGUUAUACAAAUUCAAGCAUUUGAACUGCUGGUUUUCACAAGGAUAAAGAGCAAAUCACCACCUCCCAUACUGCUUGUUGUGAUUGGGCCAGCAGAGUAACCAUUCUGGGGAAUCUUGUCAGCUUGGGUGCUAUCUAAUAUACCUCUGUUUAAUGGCUUGCACUAAGAUACACUGUAAUGAGGUAUUUCAUACACUAGUUUUGCAUUAGAAACUCAGGGGUCAAAUAAGUUUACUGUAGUCUCAGACAUGCAGUUGUUUUUUGAGCUAAGGUAAGGACAAGAAACAAUUCCAGGUCGGCAGAUGUCCAAGCACACUCACUGGGACAAAACAAAUCCAUGUUCAGACUUUUGACUACAGCACUCCUUUGUAAAUCCACACACUUAAUGCUUGACUGUAUUAUGAGUUGAUAUGAGCCAAAUGAACGAAUAUGAGUUCUUUCCCCCAUACCAUUUCAUUUCUUUUUUAUUAGUUUUGUGUUGUAUUCUAGUGAAUAGAUGUAAAUAUGUGAUUGAGAAUGACAUCGUCUGAGAGGUUUGUCAAUCAGUCAGUAGCAAAACGUUUAUUUAAAUUUGAGCUUUUUUAUUUUUCUUUCUUUCUUUCUUUCUUUUUUUUUUACAUUUAACUACAUUGUCUUGCCAUAUGUCACAAAUUGGUACCCUUUUGCCAAGUACGAGUAACCAAAAGUACUUACUGCAAAAUACUGUGAUUUUCUCAUAUUGGGAAGACCUUUUUAUUGUUGUCCUGUGUUCUCCUUUCAGUAUUAAAUUCUUUUUCAGAGUUGACUUAAAACAUUUUGCCAGUCACAUGGUUUAGUUUUGUUUAUGGGGAGGUUUCUAAAUACAGUCGCUUUAUGACAUUUUGCUUAAUGUUUUUCGUACUACACCUUUAAUAAAUCGAUUUCACAGGAAAACUAUUAACGCAAUGUGGUUGUGGAGUGCAAUGAAUGAGUUAUUCCUCAUAUUAAUAAAGACAUCAUUUCAAGGUG